AUGUCCUCCCCCACCACUCCCCACCACCCCCUCCUCAAAGCCGACGAGAUCGAUACCGCCCCCUGGCGUACACUCGCCCACUCGUUGAAGCCUGAAGCUGUACGAACUCAGUUUUCUAUGUCUGAUGCUGUCGGCAUGAAGAACAUUGGCGUCCACAAAAGCAGACUUGAACCAGGCAAAGAAUCAUGCCUCAACCACUACCACCUGAACGACUCUGAAUGGAUGUACAUCCUCUCCGGCACCGGUACCCUCAUCCUAAUCGACUCUUCCCCCUCCCUCCUCUCCCAACACUCUCUCCCGCCCGGCUCCUCCCUCUCCGGCCCCAUCCCCCCCCCGCCGAAACCUGAAGAUCUGCCAAGGGAAGAACGACCGCUCGGCCCGGGGGAUUUUGUGGGCCUCGAAGGCGGGGCGGCGGCGGCGAGGUAUUCACAUUCGAUGAUAGCCGGGCCGGGGGGGUUGGAAUACCUUCUUGGGGGGGUGAAGACUAGUCCGAACGUUUGUACUUAUCCCGAGUGA